AUGUGGUUUAGGUGGUCUUUUGGCCUGUCAAUAGAGUUUUUGUUGCUUUAUUCACUGUUUUCAUUCACAGCUAAUUGUCUCAUUUUCGUUCCUCCAAAAAGUUGCCAUGAAAUUGAAAGCCGUGCCUUGUUACAAUUUAAGGAAAGGUUUGUUAUUAAUAAGUCUGCUUCUUCUAAUCCUUUUAGUUAUCCUAAAAUAGCAUCUUGGAAUGAAACCACUGAUUGCUGCUCAUGGGAAGGCAUUCAAUGUGAUCACCACACAGCUCAUGUCAUUGGUGUUGAUCUCAGUAGCAGUCACAUCUAUGGUACAAUGGAUGCUAAUAGCAGCCUCUUUCACCUCAAACAUCUUCAAAGUCUUGAUCUUGCUGAUAAUCACUUCAAUUACUCUCAAAUUCCUUCUAGGAUUGGUGAGCUUUCACAGUUAAGGUAUCUGAACCUUUCUCAAGCCUAUUUUUUUGGUGAAAUCCCACAACAAGUUUCACGAUUGUCCAAGUUACUGUCUGUUGAUAUAUGUGGGACGUUUUAUUCUGAUUCUGACAAUGCAGACUAUCUUUUGAGUUUGAAAAUAUCCACUCUAAGAAGCUUAAUUCAAAACUCAACUAAUCUUGAAAUACUUCUUCUUGAUUUGGUGACCAUUUCAUCUUCCGUACCUGAUAUAUUCACAAACAUUACAUCUUUGCGUCAACUCUCUCUUUACAAUUGUGAACUAUAUGGGGAAUUUCCAGCUAGAAUAUUCCAUCUUGCAAACUUGAGACAUCUGGAUUUGGAAAAUAACCUAAACCUCAGAGGUAAAUUUCCAGAUUUUCAUUCAAGUGCACAAAUUAUCACCUUAAAACUCGCUUCCACAAGUUUCUAUGGUACACUACCUGCAUCUAUUGGAAAUCUCAAGUCUUUGACUUGGUUAUCAAUUUCUCAAUGCAACUUUUCAGGGAUCAUUCCUUCUUCGUUUGGAAACCUCUCUCAGCUUACAUUUCUAGAUAUUGCAAACAACACAUUCAAGGGCCAUCUUUCUUCAUUCUUGGCAAAUCUUACCAAAUUGCACACCCUGAGAGUUGGUUUUAAUGAAUUUACUACUGACACCAUCUCAUGGAUUUGUAAGCUGUCAGGAAUAGAUGAUUUGGAUCUUAACGUGGUUCAUAUUGGCAGCAAGAUUCCAUUAUGUUUUGCAAAUCUCACUCAGCUAUCUGCCUUAUCCAUAUAUCACAGCAAUUUAUGUGGACAAAUUCCAUCCUGGAUAACGAACCUAACUAAUUUAGCUUACAUUUUUCUUGCAGAAAAUAAUCUUCAGGGUGCAAUUCCAAACUCUCUCUUCAAACAUGAGAACCUAGAAUUUUUUAAUGUGGCCUAUAAUCAGUUGGAGGGAGAAUUAGAACUUGACAAGUUUCUAAUGCUAAAAAAGCUACGUGUUCUUGGAUUAUCUUACAAUAAAUUGUCAUUAAUAUAUGGAAAAAAUCCAUCCAAUGUAAGCGUUUCUCAAAUUGGAUUUUUAGGUUUGCGUUCUUGUAAUUUGAGUGAGUUUCCAAAUUUUCUCCGGGACUUGCCUAAACUGUCAGUUCUUUUUAUGUCAAACAAUAGUGUCAAUUCCUUCCCGAUUUGGAUGGGGGGGAAAACAACUCUUCGAACAAGUCUUCAGGGCUUAAUUGUUUCCCACAGCUCAUUGGUAGGAAAUAUAUCCCCACUGAUAUGCAAUUUGAAAUCUCUUGUGCAUCUUGAUUUAUCAUUUAACAACUUAACCGGCAUGGUUCCCUCAUGUUUGGGAAGUUCUAUCCAAUCUCUACAGUCUUUGGUGCUAAAAGGAAACAAAUUGUCUGGCCCAGUUCCUCAGACAUAUAUGAUAACAAGUGCACUGAGAAUGAUUGAUUUAAGCAAUAACAAUCUGCAUGGUCAAAUUCCAAGAGCACUGCUAAAGUGUAGAAUGCUCGAGUAUAUUGAUAUCAGCCAUAACCAAAUGAAUGAUUCAUUUCCCUGUUGGCUGGGAACUCAUCCGGAGCUGAAAGUUGUUGCUUUACGUGAUAAUCAUUUGUAUGGAUCUAUAAGGUGCCCUACAGCAUGCACAUUUCCCAAACUGCACAUCAUCGAUCUUUCUCGCAAUCAGUUCUCUGGAAGUUUGCCUUCCAAAAUAAUCGACCAAUGGAAAACCAUGAAAGCUUCAAACAAGAAUCAAUUACAGUAUGAGAAUUAUUUGACCUAUUGGGUGUUGGGAAGGUACAGAUGGCGGCAAUAUAUUGAUACUUAUUCAUUUACAAUGUUUAACAAAGGCAUGGUCAUGGUUUAUGGAGAUCUCCAAGAGUUUUACAACCUUAUAGCCGUUGAUCUUUCAAGUAACAAAUUCAGUGGGGAGAUUCCAGAUGUUAUAGGAAACUUAACAGGCCUAGUUUUGCUCAACCUGUCCAACAACAUGCUUAGUGGUAGCAUUCCAUCUUCCUUAGGGAAGCUUUCAAACCUUGAAACAUUGGAUCUUUCUCUCAACAGUUUAUCAGGGAAGAUUCCCCAACAAUUGGCAGAACUAACCUUUCUGUCGUUCUUUAAUGUGUCAUUUAACAACCUCUCAGGUCCUAUACCACAAAAUAAGCAGAUUGGUACAUUUGAAGGUAGUUACUUUGAGGGUAACGAAGGACUGUGUGGGAUUCAAUUAUUGAAGAAAUGUGAGGAAGAUGAAGGGUCACCAUUUGCUCCUGGUUCAGCCUCUGAUGAUGAUCAAGACUCUGGAUUUUCGGUUGAGUUUGACUGGAAAGUUAUUCUGAUUGGGUAUGGGGGUGGACUUCUUGUGGGAGUAGCAUUGGGAAGGACUUUCGGCCAAGAAUUACUAAUUAUCUUUUUGUGCCACAAAGAUGAAAGUCAUGCCUUGAUGCAAAUUAAGGAAAGGUUUGUUAUUAGUAAGUCUUCUUAUAAUCCUUUCAGUUAUCCUAAAAUAGUAUCUUGGAGCAACACUGAUUGCUGCUCAUGGGAUGGCAUUCAAUGUGAUGAGAAAGCAGGUCAUGUCGUUGGCAUUGAUCCCAGUAGCAGUCAGAUUUUUGGUACAAUGGGUGCUAAUAGCAGCCUCUUUCACCUCAAACACCUUCAAAGUCUUGAUCUUGCUGAUAAUCACUUCAAUCAAUCUCAAAUCCCAUCGAGCAUUGGUGAGCUUUCACACUGAUAUAUUUACAAAUAUUACUUCUCUACAACUACUCUCGCUUCACCAUUGUGAACUAUAUGGGGAAUUUCCAGCUGUAACAUUCCAUCUUCCCAAAUUGAGAUG